UCAAGCUCCACUCGUAGAAAUCAAGUUGGUGGACUCAACUGGAAACUUGUCGUUCCGGUCUUCGAUUUUGUCGGCGCUGUUCCAUGUCCUGACCCGACAAGACCCGCGCGCGUUUUGUGAGCUUAUCAUGGAUUCGGAAGCCCCGUCGUGGAGGAUGCGAGGGAGCUAACAUUUAGAGAAAACAACAACAACAACAACAGCAGCAGCAGACGACAAGAGCAGAGAGAGCAUGGCGGCGGUCCCGGAGGGCGGCUGCUCCCUGGAGCUGAGCAACUGGAAUGCGAGCGGCGCCUCGGUCCCCUGCAACCAGAGCGUCGUCAAGCUGGCGCCGUACUCCCCCGAAGCCACGGCGGCCUUCGCCACCGCCAUUACCCUGAUGGUGGUCUUCACCAUCGUGGGGAACAUCAUGGUGAUCAUCGCCGUGCUGACCAGCCACUCGCUGCGAGGCCCGCAGAACCUCUUCCUGGUGUCGCUGGCGGCGGCGGACAUCUUGGUGGCCACUCUCAUUAUCCCCUUCUCGCUGGCCAAUGAACUUCUGGGCUACUGGUACUUCAAGUCUCUGUGGUGUGAGAUCUACCUGGCCCUGGACGUGCUCUUUUGCACCUCCUCCAUCGUGCACCUGUGCGCUAUCUCUCUGGACCGCUACCUGUCCAUCUCCAGGGUCACGUACGGCCGCCAGCGGACUCCCAGACGCAUCAAAGCCGCCAUCGUGGUCGUGUGGCUCAUCUCCGCCGUCAUCUCCUUCCCCCCGCUGCUGUCCCUCAACAAGAGCGAGGCGGGCGACCCCGCCGGCGAGCGGGGGCCUCAGUGCGAGCUCAACGACGAGCGCUGGUACAUCCUCUACUCCACCAUCGGCUCCUUCUUCGCCCCGUGCCUCAUCAUGAUCCUGGUCUACGUCAGAAUCUACCAAAUCGCCAAGCAGCGAACGCGGUGCCCCCCGGGGGAGCCGCGCAAGGACGGGGUCGGCGCCGCCACGCCGAGUCAGCCCGAGCGGCAAUUGCAUGCCAACGGUAAGGAAGAGGACGAGAAAACGUCCAAAGCCAGACCCCCCACCCUCGCCAUCACGCCGUCCCCGUCAGGAGGGCAGCCAGAACCCUCCCGGGACCCCAACCCGAAUAAUCUGCAGCCCCCACCUCCUCCUUCUGCGGCAGUCGCCAGUUUGCACGCGCCCUCCGCACCUCAGCCGAAAGGGGGCGGCGAGAAGUUCAGGGGGCGAAAACGAAGCAAAUCCGACAACAACAACGGCGACAGCUCCAGCACGGACAGCGAGGCCAGCAACGGAGGGGGCCGGGGCAGCGCCAGCAUGCCGGGCUCGCCCGCGGGCGGGGGCACCCGCACCCCGGGUUCCGUCGAGCGCUACAGGAACGUGGUCGCCACUUCAAAGGGGGCGCGGCUGGUGCCAGGCAGGAAGUCCAAAAUCGACAACAACCCCGGGGCGGCUCGGCGCAAAGCCGUGGUCAACAGGGAGAAACGCUUUACGUUCGUGCUCGCCGUGGUCAUCGGCGUCUUCGUGGUGUGCUGGUUCCCCUUCUUCUUCUCCUACUCGCUCCAGGCAGUGUGCCCCCAAACCUGCGCCAUACCCGACCCGCUUUUUAAGUUCUUCUUCUGGAUCGGUUACUGCAACUCCUGCCUCAACCCGGUCAUCUACACCAUCUUCAACAAAGACUUUAGGAAGGCUUUCAAAAAGAUUCUGUGCAGAAGCACCAAGGGGACUUUCUUUUAG